CCUCACGCUUUUCUUUUGUUCUACUCCUCCGCUUUCUUUCGUCUCUCUCUCUUUUUCCCCGUUUAAACCUCCCACCCCGUUGUUCUCCUUCCUUCCCUUUCCCUUUCCCCCACCUCCCUUCCAAAAGGUCUUCUCUCACCUCCUGCCUCUUCCCACCGGAGAAAAGAAGAGAGAGGCCGCUCCAGUUUUGUGUGUGGUGCGUUGUUUAGUCGCCGUGUAAUUUGAUUUAGAAAGAGACGGGUAUAUAGAUAGAUAGUGGCUUUUCUAGCAAACGUAACAGCAACGACACGGACGAAGCUCCCUCCCUCCUUAGAAAUCUCAGAUCUCUCUCUGCCUUCGCCGAAUCCGCCUCCCUGACUCGCCGGAAAUGGCGCAGAAAACUCUGAUCUACUCCUUCGUCUCCCGCGGCACUGUGCUUCUCGCCGAGUACACCGAAUUCAGCGGCAAUUUCAACUCCAUAGCCUUCCAGUGCCUCCAGAAACUCCCCGCAACCAACAACAAGUUUACCUACAACUGCGACGGCCACACUUUCAAUUAUCUCGUUGAUAAUGGCUACACGUACUGCGUCGUUGCCGAUGAAUCAGCUGGAAGACAGGUGCCCAUGGCUUUCCUGGAACGUAUCAAGGAAGAUUUCAUGACGAAAUACGGUAGUGGAAAGGCUACAACAGCUGCUGCCAAUAGCCUAAACAAGGAAUUUGGGCCAAAACUGAAAGAGCAUAUGCAGUACUGUGUGGAUCACCCUGAAGAGAUAAGCAAGCUUGCAAAGGUUAAAGCUCAGGUUUCAGAAGUGAAAGGAGUUAUGAUGGAGAACAUUGAAAAGGUUUUGGACAGGGGAGAGAAGAUAGAACUUCUGGUGGACAAAACUGAGAAUCUCCAUCAGCAGGUCAGUGAUACUCUAAUUCUACAUAGCAUUUUGUUCCUAAGGCUUAUACUGUAAUUUUACAAAUGAAGAAAUGUUAGCUUUGUAUGUCAUGAGACUUAAUGCUGGCAAUAUAUGCGACUUAUCGGGCCUGCAUGAUACAUAGACUGGCACUGGGAUCUGAAUUUCUCAAGUUAUCCCGCUUGCUUAGUUCUUGACGGAGUGGGGGUGUGUGUGUAAUUGUUUGCAAGGACAUAAUCACCUCAGUGUUCUCUCUCGGUUUUAAUAAUAACAUGUGACGAAAUUGGUACUUACAGGCACAAGACUUCCGAUCUACUGGAACAAAAAUCAGGAGGAAGAUGUGGCUGCAGAAUAUGAAGAUCAAGCUCAUUGUUCUGGGAAUCCUCAUCGCGUUGAUCCUCAUCAUCGUACUCUCAGUAUGCAAAGGUUUCAGCUGUGGGAAAAAAUAAAUGUGUGGAGUUGUUCGAUUCGGAGAACCAUUUUUCAUCCGUUGUCUUCCUUGCUUGGGUGGUGAGCUAUUAUUAAAUACGUCUGCUACGAAAUAUAUUGUUGCCACCUUUUGUCUAGUAAGAGUUUUAGAAGUUUUUUUUGUGAUAUUGCUGCAUAGGAGGAUGAACGUUUUGCCUGUGAAUGAAAUCUGUGUAAUCUACUUUGUCUAUCCUCUACGUAUUGAUUGCUACAAUGGUUUUUUGGCAGUAAGUAUAAUAUUUGGCCCGCUUUUCAAUUGUGAAUAUGUGCCGACGAGCUUCGGCCGAACUAGUAUGAUCUGCAGAAAAUCUGGUAGCAGUGCUGGUGAAGCAACUGUCAGUUGCUCAUGUGCUUGAGGUUGUAUAAUUGAUAGGGUAAGAAGUGUCGAUACUUCACUUGUUUGCCUGAAAUGGUUGUAUUGAAAG